GGUAUUUAAGUUUCAUUCUUAGUUUAAGUUGUACGUUCGUAGCAACCACAUGCUGAAAAUAUACUCCCCAAAAGCAAACUUCGAGAAGAAAUACCUAAGGUGUUCGUGGAACCGUUAGGUGUGAAUUUUAAACAAUAAUUUAAAUAUCGUAUCUUUCUGGGAUCGAAAUCUGAAUUUCAAGUCGGUGUGAUCCCGUGAUUACGAACCAUCGCGUUCGGCAGUCGACCGAAGUCUGGCCACGUGAUAACAACUUCAGUUUGAAUCAAGUCCUUGUCCGGUUGUGUUUUCUUUCACCAUGGAUUUCUUUUUACUGUGGCUAUUCACAGUCGUAUUUGGCUAUUGGAUCUUCAAAAAAAUUCGGCUUUGGCAGAGCUUGCCCCCCGGGCCAUGGGGUCUGCCUAUCCUGGGGUACCUGCCAUUCCUGGACAGGCAUCAACCUCACCUUACCUUGACAAAGUUGUCCAAAGAAUACGGUCCUAUAUACGGUAUUCAGAUGGGUAGUAUAUACUCGGUGGUGGUAUCUGACCACAAACUGGUGAGAGACGCGUUCGCCAAGGACAGCUUCGCUGGUCGAGCGCCGCUUUACUUGACUCAUGGCAUUAUGCAUGGAAACGGUAUCAUAUGCGCUGAAGGGCCUUUGUGGAAGGACCAGAGAAAACUAGUGACUACUUGGCUUAAAAGCAUCGGAAUGACAAAACAGGCCGCCACUCGAGAAAAACUGGAAAAACGUAUCGCUUCUGGUGUUUUUGAACUACUCGAUAAUAUUGACAAGGCCGGCAAAGAUCGUAUGAACUUGGCUCACAUGCUCUCCAAUUCAAUUGGGAAUGUAAUUAAUGAAAUCAUAUUUGGAUUCAAAUUCCCACCGGAGGACAAAACUUGGAAUUGGUUCCGUCAGAUUCAGGAAGAAGGAUGUCAUGAGAUGGGGGUCGCCGGUGUAGUCAACUUUUUACCUUUUAUACGAUUUUUCUCAGCCUCUACACGGAAGACCAUCGAAGUGUUGGUACGCGGCCAAGCGCAGACACAAAGACUGUAUGCUAGCAUUAUCAGGCGACGUAGAAAAAUGUUAGAUUUGCCGGCACCCGAAGAAGCUAAAUAUCCCCCUCAUGCAGACCUCUUCACGGAAAAUCCAAAUGGAUACCUCAAGUGUAUCACGUACACUAAAUAUGCGGCUGUCGAAGAACACUUUUUUGAUCCUAACAUUUUGAUAGAAACGGAAGGAGAAUGUAUUCUAGAUAAUUUUCUUAGAGAACAAAAGAGAAGAUUUGAGGAAGGAGAAGAGGCUGCACGUUUUGCUACAGACGAGCAACUGUUGUAUUUGCUUGCUGACAUGUUUGGAGCUGGACUUGAUACAACAUCGGUAACGCUAGCCUGGUUCUUGUUAUACAUGGCACUUUACCCGGAAGAGCAGGAAAACGUGCGCAAAGAAAUAUUGUCUGAAUAUCCAAAAGAGGAAGAAGUAGAUAUGGCCCGGGUGCCAUAUCUGAUGGCCGCUGUAUGUGAGACUCAACGUAUUCGGUCCAUAGUACCAGUGGGGAUCCCACAUGGAUGUUUAGAAGAUACUCAACUGGGCGACUAUGUGGUUCCUAAAGGGGCGAUGGUGAUACCUCUACAGUGGGCUAUGCAUAUGGACCCAAAUGUCUGGGAGAGCCCCAAUGAGUUCAAGCCCAGUCGUUUUAUAGCAGCUGAUGGAAGCUUGCUUAAGCCACAGGAAUUCAUACCAUUCCAAACAGGUAAACGCAUGUGCCCAGGAGAUGAGCUAUCGCGAAUGAUGGCUUGCAGUCUUGUAAGCCGGUUGCUGCGGCGCAAGCGCAUACGACUGGCUUCUGACCCCCCUACCACGGAGGCAAUGCGAGGGAACGUUGGAGUAACACUGACGCCACCCAAAGUUGAAUUCUAUUGUGAUGAUGUUUAGCUGCAUGGACCUACACAGAUUUAUAAAUUAAACUUAUUAACAUAUA